AUGUCCCGUGUUGUGAACACAUCAGGGAUCCUCAAACAACAGCUCCCACAAGUCAGCACAGCAAGCACUCAGCUGCGGAACGGUGCCUUUGGAAGCUUCAGAAUCAGUGGCUCUCAGGUCUUCACCAUGGAUCAAGGGCAGCAAGGAGAACUGAACUGGCGCCUCAGCGCUCACCCGAUCACGCUACUUGUCUUCUUGGGAAUUCGCAUCGGUGCCUUGCUGAUGUACCUCUUUGGUGUCCUCUUCAUUGACAACUUCAUCCUUGUAUUCAUCCUGACCCUGCUCCUCCUCUCCGCGGACUUCUACUACCUUAAGAACAUUGCUGGGCGUCGACUUGUUGGCCUACGAUGGUGGAAUGAGGUCAACACUACCUCCGGCGACUCACACUGGGUAUUCGAGUCCGCAGACCCUAAUGUUCGCACGAUCAGCGCCACUGAUAAAAGGUUCUUCUGGCUGAGCAUGUACGUCACACCGGCUCUGUGGGUUGGACUGGCCGUGUUGGCCAUCGUGAGAUUGGUUGGUGUGAUUUGGUUGAGCUUGGUUGGCAUUGCCCUGAUUUUGACGAUUACCAAUACGGUGGCUUUUUCCCGUUGUGACAAGUUCAGCCAGGCAUCGACAUUCGCGAACAGCGCCCUGGGAGGUGGAAUCGUGAACAACAUUGCCGGUGGCCUGCUGGGAAGGCUUUUCCGGUAA